AGCAAAACCUUUCGUAAGUAUUUUUUAUUUUUUUAAAUUAUCCUACCCAAUUUCUAAGGGGUUAAAAGGCAUAUACUCAUUCAAUUUGCAAAUCGAUGCAAACAUCCAUGGAUAAUCCAUGUUCUAGUGACAAGUAUUUCGAAUAGAAAAUUUUAGUUAUUUGCAUCCACAAGGAGUGUUGUUUUUGUCUUGGAACAGAUAUCAUCUUAAAUCUGUGCUAUUUGUAAAAAUUUGGCGCAGUGUUCAAUCGGUUGUACAGAUCUAAAUGUAGUUUCAGUCUGCUAUAAUUCCGUGGUUUAAUUAAGUGACAAAAUGGCUUUUGCAGAGUACAUUAGAUCUAGCAUUCAUCCAAAUUUUUCUCAAAUUUCAGAUCUUCCGUCGACCAAACACCUAACAAUUGAAUUGUGCGUAAGCGCGUUCCUCGUAUACAGGGAAGCAUUAUAACGCGCUGUACUGUUGUCGUUGUAUUCGAUGCACAUCAAUCUUUCUCACAUUUUGUUUGCACUAAAGUUUCUCUUAGGCAAUCUGUAAAGGAGUGUUCUUUUAUUGGUUUUUUAGACGAACAACUUAUUUCCUAGUCUAUAAAAUCACAAGGAACUUUGCAAAUAACUGUCGCGCCCGUUAUGCAAUUAGUAAGACUGUAUUAUAUUUCUCAAUUCUCCAUACAGAUAACACCAACUUUCAGAAAAUAUUUCAAAUCCCGAAUGGCAAUUUCGACCAGCUCUUUGGUGUACGUUCUAUUUCUGGCCGUGAUGAUUAGUAUUAACAUCGCUGGUAAUUCUUUGGUGUGUGUUGUAAUAUUGAAGAAAAGAGCGAUGAAAACCUCCAUCAACUGGCUUGUUUUCCACCUGGCCAUCGCCGAUUUACUGGUCGCUGUCUUCUUCAUUCCACCUUGCAUUCUGAGCCACUUUAUUGAGCAGCCGAGCGGUGUUACUGGAGACCUGCUGUGCAAGUUCAUUACCAGUGGGGUUUUGGGUUGGGCGGCGGCUUCAGCCUCGAGCUUUCUCCUGGUGGCAAUAGCGUUUGAGCGUUAUUCUGCUACAGUACAUCCGCUGCUAUCACUCUGUCGUAGUCGGUCAUGUUGGUUUGUGCCAAUUGUAUGGACACUGUCGAUCCUACUGGACAUGCCAAGUCUCGCAGUAUCUUCCUUUGAUGCAGAAAUUCAAAUAUGCGUGGAGAACUUUCCAGAUUACACAACGAUGCGAGCGUAUUACCUCGCUUGGUCGUUUGCCAAUUCAGUGCUGCCAAUGUGCAUUAUGGGAUACCUGUACGCACGGAUCAUUUUAAGUCUGUGCAACCGUGUUCUCGUGCCAGGCUCUUGUCCAAGAGUCGUGUCACGGUCCAAAGAUAAGGUAACUAAGAUGUUCAUCUCAGUCUCUUUUAUCUUCAUCACGUGCUGGACCCCUCCCGCAGUGCUUUGCGUGUUGAGUCCCGUGAUUCCUGGCGGAUACGCCACAGUGCAUCCCGUGACAACAGCAAGCGCGUUGUUGAAUUCCUGCCUCAAUCCACUGGUCUACACGCUUCAUAGUCAACAGUUCAGGAAGAAUAUUGCUUCAAUGGUUUCUUGUUCCAAAAAUAAGCAGCCAGCAAAAUACAAGACAAAGAACACAAACGGUUCUGGAAUAAAGUCAUCACGGCAGCUGGAACUUCAUGGAUAACAUCAUUUGAAGACUUAUCAAAAUAUUGGUCUCAAUUCUCCAUGACUUUUAGCCACAACCCCCUGAGGUUAUUUGGCCGGAAUCAAUUGUCUAUGACCUCUACGUAAAUAUACUCACCGAUUCUAGGUUUAGAUUUGGAAAUAUAUAGAAAGUUAGCGUUAUAGAAUGAAAGAUAUACCAGACACUCAAGACAGUAUUCAACCACAUUUUUUUGUAAUGUUUCUAUAAUUUUUUUUUGGGACAUUUCUCUAAAAAACAUAUUACAAUUCCAUGUCUAUAUCCGACCACAUUUCCAAACACCUCGAUUUUUGUUAAAAAUAUUCCGCUGCACGUCGAUCGUAUGUUCAAUGCAACUCUCCUUCCGGCGUUUGAAAAUGUGGUGAAAGACGGUCUUUCGAGUUUGAUUCAUUAGUUAAAACUCGUACCUUAUUUCACACCACAGUAUAUUAUUUUCCAUUUCCCAUUUCAUACCAUGACUUAAGCUUUUCUUUUCUACUGUCCUUUCCUUUCGUACGUUUCACGCCGAUGAAUUUCAUAUAAAAAUCGGGAUGGUAGUUUCUUUUAAAGCUAAUACCCUAUUAAUGAAACGUAAAGUAUUAAGUAAAAAGGCAAAUAAACAGAAUGAAUGAAUGAAAUGAAUGAAUGACGUAGUAUAUCAAGCUGUAUAACGUUACUUCAGACUUCAACAUCUUCAAGUUCCACCUUCCCCCGCCCCGACCUCCCUCUCCGCUCCCCAUCCCUCCACUCUCUCGGAGAAUUCCUCAUUCGAUACGAAGUAAUAUACACCUUAUUCCAAAAUGGCCGCUAUUUAAGUAUUUUUUUGU